AUGUCGGACAAGCAAAUGAAAGCUGUACAUUACGAAGGGCCCUUCAAGGUCUCUGUUAAGGACGUUCCAUUGCCAAAACUUGAACACCCGGAUGAUGCUAUCAUCAAGGUGACUACUGCUGCAAUUUGCGGCAGUGAUCUGCACAUGUACCAAGGACGCACAGCUGCCGAGUCAGGUCUUGUCUUUGGCCACGAGAACAUGGGAAUCGUUACAGAGGUUGGUUCUGGCGUAACAUUGCUCAAGAAAGGCGAUCGCAUCGUGCUUCCUUUCAACGUGGCAGAUGGCAGGUGCCGUAACUGCGAGAAUGGAAAGACUGCAUUCUGUACUGGUGUCAACCCUGGUUUCGCUGGCGGUGCUUACGGGUACGUAGCAAUGGGUCCGUAUCAGGGAGGACAGGCACAGUAUCUUCGUGUGCCCUAUGCCGACUUCAAUGCUUUGGUUCUACCACCUGGUACCGAGCAUGAAGCCGAUUUUGCUCUCCUUGCUGAUAUCUUCCCGACCGGCUGGCACGGUCUCGAAUUAUCUGGCUUCCAACCUGGCGACAGUGUGGCUGUAUUCGGUGCCGGCCCUGUAGGUUUGAUGGCUGCUUACUCUGCUGUCUUGCGUGGAGCUAGCAAAGUAUUUGUCGUUGAUCAAGUCAAGGAGAGAUUAGACGCUGCAAGAAAGAUUGGUUGCGAAGGUGUCGACUUCACCAAGAGCAACCCUGUGGAACAGAUCAUCGAGCUUAAUGGUGGAGAAAUGGUUGAUCGUGCAGUCGAUGCUGUUGGCUACCAAGCCGUCGACAAGAGUGGUAACAAGGAGCAGCCCAACAUUGUCCUUGACCAGCUCAUCCAGGUCACUAGACCCACUGGAGGCUUGGGCAUCCCAGGUCUCUACGUUCCUUCCGACCCUGGUGCUCCCGACUCGCAAGCUGCCAAAGGACAGAUCCUCAUCUCCUUCGGUAAGCUCUUCGAAAAGGGCCUAUUCCUCGGAACUGGACAAUGCAAUGUCAAGGCCUACAACCGUCAACUUCGCGACCUCAUCGUCUCUGGCCGCGCCAAGCCUUCAUUCGUUGUUUCUCAUGAAGUCGAUAUCGAUGAAGCUGUUGAUGCUUACGAGAAGUUUGACAAGAGAAUUGAUGGCUACACCAAGGUGUUGCUCCACCCUAAUGGCCCUCUGAACAAAUUCUCGAUCUAG